AUGCAGCGGCAUCCAGUAUUGGUCAAAACGGGGGGGGGGUUGCCGGGGGGUUGUGGGGGGGGUGUGGGGGGGGGGAGGGGGGGGUAUUUAGGGGGGGGGGGGGGGGAAGGUGGGGGGGGGGGGGGGGGGGGGGGGGGGGGGGGGGGGGGGGGGGGGGGGGGGGGGGGGGGGGAAGCUGUCUUGGCUAACAGCAGCAG